CCCUCCACUGCCGUUAUGUCUAAGUCAGAGUCACCCAAAGAGCCCGAACAGCUGCGGAAGCUCUUCAUCGGAGGUUUGAGCUUUGAAACAACCGAUGAGAGUCUGAGGAGCCAUUUUGAGCAGUGGGGAACGCUCACAGAUUGUGUGGUAAUGAGAGAUCCAAACACCAAGCGCUCCAGAGGCUUCGGGUUUGUCACAUAUGCCACUGUGGAGGAGGUGGAUGCGGCCAUGAAUGCAAGGCCACACAAGGUGGAUGGAAGAGUUGUGGAACCAAAGAGGGCCGUCUCAAGAGAAGAUUCUCAAAGACCUGGUGCCCACUUAACUGUGAAAAAGAUUUUUGUUGGUGGCAUUAAAGAAGACACUGAAGAACAUCAUCUAAGAGAUUAUUUUGAACAGUAUGGGAAAAUUGAAGUGAUUGAAAUCAUGACUGACCGAGGCAGUGGCAAAAAGAGAGGCUUUGCUUUUGUAACCUUUGAUGAUCAUGACUCUGUAGACAAGAUUGUCAUUCAGAAAUACCACACUGUGAAUGGCCACAACUGUGAAGUAAGGAAAGCCCUAUCUAAGCAAGAGAUGGCUAGUGCUUCAUCCAGCCAAAGAGGUCGAAGUGGUUCUGGAAACUUUGGUGGUGGUCGUGGAGGUGGUUUUGGUGGGAAUGACAACUUUGGUCGUGGAGGAAACUUCAGCGGUCGAGGUGGCUUUGGUGGCAGCCGCGGUGGUGGUGGAUAUGGUGGCAGUGGGGAUGGCUAUAAUGGAUUCGGUAAUGAUGGUGGUUAUGGAGGAGGCGGCCCUGGUUACUCUGGAGGAAGCAGAGGCUAUGGAAGUGGUGGACAGGGUUAUGGAAACCAGGGCAGUGGCUAUGGCGGGAGUGACAGCUAUAACAACGGAGGAGGCGGAGGCGGCUUUGGCGGUGGUAGUGGAAGCAAUUUUGGAGGUGGUGGAAGCUACAACGAUUUUGGCAGUUACAACAAUCAGUCUUCAAAUUUUGGACCCAUGAAAGGAGGAAACUUUGGAGGCAGAAGUUCUGGCCCCUAUGGUGGUGGAGGCCAAUACUUUGCCAAACCCCGAAACCAAGGUGGCUAUGGUGGUUCCAGCAGCAGCAGUAGCUAUGGCAGUGGCAGAAGGUUUUGAUUACUGCCAGGUAAGUGAACAGCUUUUUUUGUUUUCACUUAAUUUUCUUGUAAUUGAUAAUGAACACAGUAACCCUAAUGUAGCUGAGCAGUGAAACAUAGUUAACAUUAUAAUUACAGUAAAAUUGUGGAUAUUAAGUUAAUAUUCAGAUCAGCAAAAUUUGUGGGAAACAACUUGCUAUUGGAUUGUAGCCUUGAGUCUUAAUAUGUUUAGAUUAACAACUUUAUUCCAUAUUGUUCAACAGGAAACAAAGCUUAGCAGGAGAGGAGAGCCAGAGAAGUGACAGGGAAGCUACAGGUUACAACAGAUUUGUGAACUCAGCCAAGCACAGUGGUGGCAGGGCCUAGCUGCUACAAAGAAGACAUGUUUUAGACAAUACUCAUGUGUAUGGGCAAAAAAACUCGAGGACUGUAUUUGUGACUAAUUGUAUAACAGGUUAUUUUAGUUUCUGUUCUGUGGAAAGUGUAAAGCAUUCCAACAAAGGGUUUUAAUGUAGAUUUUUUUUUUUUUUUG